CCAUAUUUUUCUACUUGAAAACCAGAAAAAAUAUUUUAAGAGCUGUAAAAAUUAAGACUUUCAAGAAAGAGAACAGAACUAGUAAUCAAAUGCAUAACACAUCAAAACUAUGAAGCUGGAGACUUGGGGAUAAGGCUUUGAGGAGAGAAGAAGAGAAAAAGAAAAAGAAAAAAAUUACAAGACAAUAAAACAUCUCUGAAUUCCUACAGUGCAGGCAGCGCCUGAACGCCGCACAGUGUCUGUGUUGUCCUUUGAACGCAGCUCGUCGCCGUUUAUCCAACAGCUGAAAGGUGAGCAGAAGGACGCGGCGAACAAGAUGACGAGUUUACAGCUGAGCACCAAAGAGGAAAUGUUGGAGAAGUUUCUGGACGCUGCAGCAAGAGGAGACCUGUCCCAGGUGUCCACCGUUCUGUCCAACGUCCCUUCACUCAUCAACGAGACGGGACACAGCGGCUGGACGGCGCUGAUGCUAGCAGCUCGUAACGGCCACCACCAUGUGGCGGAGAAGCUGCUGCUGCUCGGUUGUGACAAGUUCUCUGUGAACAGUUCAUCACAGACUGCCUACGAUAUCGCCAAGUUCUGGGGUCACAGACACAUCGCCGGCCUGCUGGGCCGCGCGGCCGAUGGCUGCGAGCGAAUCCUGCCCGGCGCCGACCUCCACCCGCACGAAAACUACUUCAGCAGAGAGACGCUGGACCGGCAGAGUGGGAAGAGAACCGAUAAGGUCUGGUUAGAGGCCAAACAGAGCGACUCGGAGACCGUCUACCUCCUGUUCUCCAACCUCAGCCCCAUGGUCAGAACGCAGCAGGAGGACGGCAGUGAAGCGAAGGGGGACAUGAAGCUGUGCCGGUUCAGGUAUGAGGAAGUGAAGGAUCUUCUGCUGAAACCUUCAACCGUGACGAUCUUCCUCGGAAUAGAGAAGAUGAAGAACCCGUCCUCUUCCUCCUCCUCUGAGAAAACAGAGAGUCUCUCUGAGCCUCCGGUUUGGUUCGCCAUCAACACAGACGAAGACGCUGCUGCCCUCCUGGAGCGCUGCAGAGAAAAGAACUGUUCAUUUCCAAGAAGUCCCAACAGAGACCUGCUGAAGCUGAGCGAGGAAGAAGCAGGCGUCGUGGCGCAGGCCCGGUCGGUGCUGGCCUGGCACAGCCGCUACAGCUUCUGCCCGACGUGUGGCGGCGCCACCAAGAUGGAGGAGGGCGGCUACAAGCGGAGCUGUCUGAACUCUGAGUGCCGCAGCCUGCAGGGCGUCCACAACACAUGCUACCCAAGAGUCGACCCGGUGGUCAUCAUGCUGGUGAUCCACCCUGACGGAAACCAGUGUCUGCUGGGCAGGAAGAAGGUUUUCCCCGUCGGGAUGUUUUCCUGUCUCGCCGGAUUCGUGGAGCCUGGGGAGACGCUGGAGGAGGCGGUGAGGAGGGAGACGGAGGAGGAGAGCGGCGUGAAGGUGGGCCCGGUCCAGUACGUCUCCUGCCAGCCGUGGCCCAUGCCCUCCAACCUCAUGAUCGGCUGCCUCGCCGUCGCCGUGUCCACCGACAUCAAGGUGGACGAGAACGAGAUCGAGGAGGCGCGGUGGUUUCCACGGCAACAGGUGAUCGAUUCUUUAUUCAGAGGAGACCGCUCAGUGUUCGUCAUCCCUCCCAGACAGACAAUCGCCCAUCAGCUGAUCAGACACUGGAUCUGCAUGAACUCCAACCUCUGAUACGAAACGUUCAGGAGACGAUCUGCUGCUGAAACAAACGUUCAAAUGGACGAAACAUCUGAUUUUAAAUGAAACGCAUCAACUGCUGGACUAUAGACUGAUCUCCACACGGUGCUUCAGGUUUUACUUUUUAUUUCCUGGUUCAUGAAGAGAAACAAAUAUUUACAUAAAGCAAACAGAAACCACAGAGGAAGAAAUCUGCUAGCGUAGCUUUUUGGAGAUUGGAGAGUAACAGAUUAUUGUCAUCAGCAAAGAAAAAUCAUUUUUCCAGGGAAGUAAACCUUAAAAGGUUUUGCAAAAAUGUUUAAUAAAUUCCCUGACUUACCUUGACUAAUGUAGCUGGGUAGAAGCAACAGUUAAAAGAAAAAAAAUCUUUUAAGUCCUUUUGUUUCAUAAAACUGUUUUUAUUAAUGUCAAACUUUUUUCUGAUUCUUUUUUCCUGCAUCAAAUUUAAACUAGUGCUGCACAUGUUGGAUCUCUAAUCAAAUAAAAGAUCAUAA